AGUCUGCUGCUACUGGUCGAGGUCUGUGGUGGGCGAUCCUAUUGUAUUUGGAACUCAAAAGCUUGAACGCGCAUAUUCCAACAGCACAGUAUUUUUUCAAGGUCCCCUAAAACCAGAGAGAACAGGAGAGGACGUACUUUAAUGCAGAUCAAACAUUUCCGCGGGACAGCUCUGAGAUUCACCAACACCAUUAAUAUCCCACUAAUUUAGCAGAUUUACACCUGUCUUCUUAUCGCCAAGACUGGUGUCAGUCUGGAACCAUCGAGAUGAUUGUUUAGAAUACUUUGAGAGCAUAUGAAAACAGCCGACCAGAACAUUUUCUAGACGACUCGCUCCGGGACAACUCUUCCGGCAGUGUGUGUUGGUGCUUGAGACGGAGAAGCACCUGCUCUAGCCUGCGGGAAGUUGAUUAUGUGUAGGCGCUUUCUGACCUCUACUGCAUCUUGUCAGUUUUUGUGCAUUUCGCUGCUGAGAGGAUAGCCGUGUCCCGAGGAGGAUGCCGAACAGGCUGAAGACGCAGUCCUGAAGAUUGAUGGAGGGCCAUGCUAUUCAAACAGCAGGCGUUGCUGAGACAGAAGCUCUUCUUGUUGGGCAGCCUUGCUAUCGGGAGUCUCCUCUAUCUAGUGGCCAGGGUUGGGAGCUUGGAUAGGCUGCAGCCUAUUUGCCCAAUAGAGAGCAGACUGGGCCCUCCUCACCUGCCGGAGCAGAUCCCUCUCCGGACCCUGCAGUAUAAGCGUGGUCUGCUCCACGAGAUCCGCAAGGGCAAUGCCACCAAAGAGCAGAUCCGCCUGCACAACCUGGUACAGCAACUGCCCCGGGCCAUCAUCAUCGGGGUGCGCAAGGGGGGCACGCGCGCCCUGCUGGAGAUGCUCAACCUGCACCCGGCGGUGGUCAAGGCCUCGCAGGAGAUCCACUUCUUUGACAACGAKCAGAACUACGCCCGGGGCAUCGACUGGUACCGGGAGAAGAUGCCCUUCUCRUUCCRSCARCAGAUCACCAUUGAGAAGAGCCCCGCCUACUUCAUCACAGAYGAGGUCCCCGAACGCAUCUUCAAGAUGAACUCCUCCAUCAAGCUGRUGAURAURGUGCGRGAGCCCACCACCAGAGCUGUGUCCGACUACACACAGGUGCUGGAGGGCAAGGAGCGCAAGAACAAGACCUACCACAAGUUUGAGAAGCUGGCCAUCGACGGCAACACGUGUGAUGUGAACACAAAGUAUAAGGCAGUACGGACCAGCAUUUACACCAAGCACUUGGAACGCUGGCUGAAGUACUUCCCCGUGGAACAUUUUCACAUUGUGGACGGUGACCGUCUGAUCACAGACCCGCUGCCUGAGCUGCAGCUCGUCGAGCGCUUCCUCAACCUCCCCUCCAGGAUCAGCCGGUAUAACCUGUAUUUCAAUGCCACCAGGGGAUUUUACUGCCUGCGAUUUAACAAUGUCUUCAACAAGUGCCUGGCAGGCAGCAAGGGGCGCAUCCACCCUGAGGUGGACCCCUCAGUGGUGGCCAAACUAAGGAAGUUCUUCCACCCCUUCAAUCAGAAGUUUUAUCAGAUUACUGGGAGGACGUUCAACUGGCCCUGAGAAACUAAGGGAAGGUCUAGGCCUAGCCUAUAUGAACUUCUUAACUGAAGUUGUUCUGUUGGCAUUUUCAAGAUGUCAACCACAACAAUAUUAAAGGAUAUUAAAAGCACUUUGAUUGAAUUUAAUACGUAGAGGAGAGUGGGGUAAGUUGAGCCGAAGGGUAGUUGAGCUACUCCUUGUUUCUAGGAAACCAUACACAAAAUGUACCAUGUGACCAAAUAUUAAGGAAGAGGUCGUCAUUUCAUGGAGUCUGUGAAAGAAAAAAACACAUGGAAAAAGUGGUAAGCAAGUUAGGGCAAAUGAAUGUAUU